GAGGAGUCUUCCAGAGUGUAUAGAAAAGCUUAAAGCUCUUGAAGAACUGAUUCUCUCUGGCUGUUCAAAUCUCAAUACUUUUCCAAAUAUUCAAGACAACAUGGAAAAUUUCCGGGUUUUACUACUUGACCGGACUUCGAUCUUAGAGGUGCCAAAGAUACUUCCCGGUAUUAACAGCCUAUUGUUUCUGCGGCAUCUAUCUUUUAGCGGAAAUGGUGUGAUCAGCAGCUUAGGAUCUGACAUCAGUCUAAUGUAUCAUCUCAAAUGGCUGGACUUGAAGUCUUGUGAGAAACUCAGGUCUCUUUCGACGCUUCCACCAAAUCUCCAGUGGUUAGAUGCACAUGGAUGUAUCUCCCUGCAAACAGUCUCGAGUCCUCUAGCCUUUAUUAUUAUGCCAACAGAAGAGAUUCACAACACUUUCACCUUCACUAACUGUUGUAAACUCAAUGAGGCUGCAAAGAAUGAAAUUGCAUCCCAUGUUCGGAGAAAAUGCCAGCUAGUCUCAUCAGAUGAUCACCGCAAUGGGAAUUUUAUCUCGACUUGCUAUCCUGGAUACGAAGUACCUGCAUGGAUCAGUCACCAAGCAUAUGGUUCAGUGUUAGAACCAAAGCUGCCUCCACAUUGGUGCGACAACAAGUUUCUAGGAAUAUAUCUAUGUGCCAUUGUCUCGUUUCGUGACUGCGGAGAUCAGAGCAGCCGCAUCCUGGCUAAAUGUACCUGUGAGUUUGAAGACUUAGAUGCACCAUGUAGCCGGUUUAGUGUUCCUGUUGAAAAUGAGCUGCGUACGAUCGAGUCGGACCACGUCUUUAUCAGCUAUAUAAGUUGGUCAAACAUCAAGAAACAUCAAGAAGUAGAGUUCAAGAAAGGAUGUGUUCCUACUAGAGCUGUCCUUAGAUUCAAAGUGACUGAUGGGGCUGGUGAAGAGAUUCCACAAUGUGAAGUUGUGAAGUGUGGGUUCGGUUUGGUGUAUGAACCUGAUGAUGAAGUUAGUAAUGUUGUUACUUUACCGGCGGCAAGGACGGGAAUGAAUGGUGAGUGUAGUCAAAGUGAGGUAACCACUUUACAAUCUGGAGAAGAAGCUCCAACUGUAACUCCAAAAACAGCUGACUCUACAAGUGAGAACAAUAUUUUCUCGAGCGGAUCACCAAAUAAAUAAGACGAUUUUGACAGCAAUGGGUUUCUACGCGCUAUGCAUAGUUUAUAUAUUUUAAUUUUAAUUUUUGUAUAUGUGUUAUGUUUGUUUAUUAUUUAUCGUUUGAUGUUUUCUAUCUAAUAUUUCUCUUUAU